CAGUGCGACAAUGUGUGAUGCUGCUUGGCCAGCCCUGAAUAAUGAACAUAUACACAAAUUAGCCAGCAACUUGUUUGGUUGACUGAUGCACAAAAUGUACAAUUUGUCGAAUGUGCUUAACUUUAUCAUAUGCAUGGCUAGCUUCAGCCAAUCCUUUGAUGGCACCUUGGCAGUGAAGCGUGGACCCCAUCACCCACGUGGGGAGACCCGACGAGUGGAUCAGCAUCUUACCCAUGAGGAGCAUCGUCUUGAUGACGAUCUAAAGGACAUGGGCAUACAGGCGAGCCUAGAUGAUAUGAGCGAGGAGGAAAAAAUAUUUUACAUGUUCAAGGCGCAUGACAAUGACAAUAACAAUGCCCUGGAUGGACUUGAGAUGAUUCAAUCGGCCAUGCAUCAUAAUUAUGAUUACCUGAAAAACGACGAACGUAACGAUUAUCUGUCGAACGCAAGCGAGGAACUGGACCACUUUAUAGAUGCUAUUGACAAAUUUCUGCUGAUUGCGGACGAUAACAACGACGGACUGCUCCACUACCCGGAGUUUGUGAAGGCCGUUACCGGAGGCAAGGAGCAGCUGGCCUUGGAGCGGAACAUGCUCCGCUAAACUGAACGCCGAACAUCGUCUCUUGAUACAAUAAUAGAUAUAUCUUAGUUAAAUUAUAAUAUUUAGUUAAACACAUGUAUUUCCAUGCUGAACCGUUGAGACUGUACAUAGCACACACAAACACAUAGCCGCAGCCUAAAGCAAUACUACAAU